AUGAGACGUGCAGGAUUUCUUAAGUACCCGAAACAUCAUCAAGGAAUAGCAUUUCUCACCACCAACCGUGUCGGAAUCUUCGAUGAAGCAUUUGCAAGUCAAAUUUACAUCUCCAUCUGGCACUCGGAUCUCGACGAUGCAUAA